AUGUCAAAUCGAGCAGCACGGCUAGAUUUCCUAGGUACCGUUCCAGAGUUCGUAUAUACCGAAAUAUAUACCGUUGUAUCAAAAGACGCCGCAGACCAACAAAGCAUGAGCCUAUACCCGGCCUGCGUGCCUCGGUCUCUAGCGCUGCAUGUCGCUGUCGAGUUGGAGAUCAAGGGCGGAGAUGAGUCCGUCCAACGAAAGUCAGAGCUAUCGAUGGCCUACACUUUGGAAGAAUCGGUGAUACCCAACUGGUGGGGAAGCACAUCCGUCGACCAUCAUGAUUACGCCGGUACCGCAUCUAACACAUUAGAAGAGCAAACCCCUAGAGACCAUAAGUCAUAUGAGCAUGAUAACCAUCGUAACUAA